GGGUGGUUCGAAGAUUUGGCGGUAGGUAGAUCGUUCACCAAAUAGUCUCAGUCAAGAAGACGAUUCGCCUCCCCCUUAGUUAGCCGGUAGCCUGGCUCUGCCGUCUUCACCGCUAAGCCAGGAAGGAGCGGGCCGGUAUCCUCCACCACUGAGAUCGACUUACAAAUCAUCCUUCAUAAAGUGCCCGAGAUGACGUCUAAUUCCGCGAUCAGGCCGGGCUAUUCUGCCAGAGCGAAUCUGUUGAAGUCAACACAGGAUGUGAACAUCCAAGACAUACCUUCGUUUCCUUUUCAUCACGCUGUAUAUUUAUCAAAUCCCCUCACAGUUUAGCCCAAUUGACUGCCCACUGCGUCGUGCGUCGUCCCGGGACACCCGGAACUUUGUUUGGGAAGCGGGCCCAACAACAGAAGAAUGACCGCCAACGUCGAGCCUCGCCGACAGGGCGGGGGAGACGGCUGGGAUACGUCCACGACGGCGACCGAAGACACGCCGCUGCUCCGCUCCGAAACGGCCAGCUCACGAACUGCGCGGGAUGAGUCUCCCACUCCCCCAACCAGCGCGCGGCAGCCCAGGUCCGCGCCCGCGCCGGCGGAGCAGCCGCUCGGCUGGAGGCGGGCGUCGUGCAUCGUGCUCAGCAUGUGGGCGCUGAUCUUCCUGCAGGCCAGCAACAUGAGUGGCAUCUCGACGACGCAGUCGACCAUCGCGGCCGACCUGGACGCGUACGAGUCGGCCAUGUGGUUCACCAGCUCCUACAUGAUCGCCAUGUCGUCGGUGGCGCCGCUGGCCGGGCGGCUGUCCAUGAUCUUCUCGCCGGCGACCAUGAUCCUGCUGUCGUCGGGCUGCUUUGCCGUGGGCGCGCUCACCACCGCCCUGGCGCCGACCUUUGCUGUGUUCAUUCUGGGCCGCGCCAUGUUGGGAAUCGGCAGCGGCGGCAUCAUGACGCUGUGCAUGAUCCUGGUCAUCCACCUCACGUCCAAGAAACGGAGGGGUCUGUGGGUUGGCUUGACCAAUGCCGGCUUCACAAUCGGUGUGUCGGCCGGCGCUGUGGUGUUCGGCGCCUUGCUGCCCGUGUUGGGAUGGAGACUCCUCUUUGGAGCCCAAGCCCCCAUGGCCGCCCUCGCCGGGUUGGGCGUCAGCCUCAGCCUGCCCUCUCACAGGAGCCACGAGAACGUCAAGGACAAGACCACCCUGCAGAAGCUCGCAGGCCUUGACUACGCCGGCGCAGCCACCUUGGCCAUAACCAUCGUCCUCUUCCUCUACGGCCUCUCCGGCUCCAUCCGGCCGCUUCCCAUCCUCCUAUCCUUCAUCACCCUGCCCCUCUUCCUGCUCAUCGAAUCCCGCGCCCACGACCCGGUCAUCCCGCUGGCCGUGCUCCGCUCCCGCGGCGUGCUGCUCUCCUGCUUUUCCCAGCUCGGCUUCAUGGCCGCGCGCUGGACCGUGCUCUUCUACGCGCCCAUCUUCGUGCUCGCCGUGCGCGGCCUCUCGCCCGCCGUCGCCGGCGCCGUCCUGAUCCCCACCAACCUGGGCUUCGGCCUGGGCGGCCUGGUCGUCGGCGCGCUGCACAUCCGCCGCGCCGGCGCCUUCUGGCUCCCCUCGGUCCUGUCCCUCGCGCUCUUCGGCGCGGCGCUCCUGGCGCUCGCCUUCGCGAGCAACGCGGCCGCGCCGCCUGCCGUCUACGUCGCCACCGUGUUCGUCAACGGCCUCGCCACGGGCGCGGCCCUCAACUACACGCUCGCGCAUCUCCUCCACCUGUCGGCGCCCGACGUGCACUUCAUCGUCACCGGCCUGCUGUCCACCUUCCGCGGCUUUGCCGGCUCCUUCGGCACGGCCAUUGGCGGCGGCGUGUUCACGCGGACGCUGCGGGACGCCCUGAUCGCCGGGUUCCGGAGGUUGGAUGGCCGUGACGGCGGUGGCGGGGCAGCGGGGAGGGAGAAGCUGAUCUCAAUGCUGAUCGGCAGCCCCGCGGUCGUUUGGAAGGACGGGGUGCUGAGCGCCGCCGAGCGGGCCGUGGCUGUGCAAGGGUAUGAGGCGGCGCUGGCGCUGUUGUACAAGUCGGCUGCUGCCAUGUGUGUGUUAGUUGUGCUUAUGCAGGCCGGAACCGGGUGGAUGGCGCCGGCGGGCGGGAAGGAUGGGGAGCCUGAUGAUGAUGGAGAGUUUGAAGAGGAAAUUGCUGAGCAGGAUCGGGCGAUGGAGGCGUGAGGGAGGUUGCUGGCUCGGCUGUGUACCUACCUUAGUCUACUAGGCUAAUUAGUAGAUACCUUACCUCGUACUUGGAUGUCUGGGGACUUGACCAUGUCAACAGGACUAGAAGGGAACAUGAAGCUAUACAUCUCUGGCGUUAUGUUCUAAUCAUAAUCUACCAC